GACCGGGGUGCUACCACCAGUGUCAUCGGUGACAUCACUCAAGCCAAAGCGUACAAGAAUCUGCAGUCAUCGGGGACCCUGGGGGACAGUGACCUCACGUUGACAGUGAACACUGAUGGAAGCCCCGUAUUUACAUCUUCCGGUGCAUCCGUCUGGCCCAUUCAGUUCACUGUCAACGAGUUGCCAGUGCCUCAACGAUUCCAGGUUUCAGUGCUUGCUGGACUUUGGUUUGGGAAGGGACACCCCAACAUGACUUUGUUUUUUGGAAAGUUUGUAGAGGGUGUCAAGAGCAUGCAACCCGUCCCCUGGCAGCAUGAAGGCACACAGCACUCGUCUAGAGCGUACAUCUUGUGCUGCUGCGUGGAUGCCCCCGCACGCGCAUCUGUGCAGAAUAUGGUACUGUUCAACGGGUACUACGGGUGCCCAUGGUGCCUAAUCAAGGGAGAUUACGUUGAUGGGAGCCUCAGAUUCCUCUCCUUUGAGGAUGCACGUGGGAGGACGUCAGCAGGUGUCCUACGGGACAUGAAGGUGGCCCUGGAGUCCUCCUUGGUCAUCAACGGCUACAAGGGUCCGUCUCCAGCCGUGAGCCUUCCAGACUUUGACCUGGUGUGGGGGUUCACGGUGGAGUACAUGCAUGCUGUACUCCUGGGCGUCAUUCGCCAGAUCACGGAGAUGCUGCUGUCGUCUGUAAACUCCAACGAGCGGUUCUACAUAGGCAGCCCCUCCUCUGUUGCUGCACUAGACAGGCGCCUGCUUUCCAUCACGCCUCCCCACUGUGUCACAAGGCUGCCAAGGUCCCUGGCAACUCGCACCAACUGGAAGGCGUCCGAGUGGAGGCAUUGGCUCCUUUACUACUGUCUCCCAUGUACACUUGGGAUCCUUCAUCCAAGGUACUGGAGGCACCUGGCCAAGCUUGUUGAAGGAGUGCACCUUCUCCUGAGAGAGGAGCUCACUUCGUCCUCAAUUGACCGUGCAGAUGCUCUACUGCGGACCUUUGUAGCCUCCACAGCGACACUGUACAAGGAUCAAGCCAUGACGUUCAACAUUCACCAGAUGCUCCACCUGGCAGAGGCGGCUCGGCAGAUGGGGCCGCUCUGGGGCCACUCUGCCUUUGUAUUUGAAAGUGGAAAUGGCCGCCUAGUAAAGCUUGUCACUGGCGCCAACGCAGUCCCCAGUCAGAUUGUGGAAAGGGUGUUCAUGGCACAACAGUUAGAUUCUUUCCUGGCCUCACCACUCGUGCCUGAUAGCGGCAAAGACGUGUGCCACAGAAUGCUGGGCUAUCCCAAGCUGGUCAACUUCGUUUCCAUAGGUGAUGUUGGCUUGCUUGGGUGCCCUAAAAAACUCGUCUUGUCUCCAGAAAUCAGGAUGGCACUUGCAGAGUAUGUUGAAGAGUGCCCUGCCCUUGCUGCCGAGUACCAGAGAUUUGUCCUCAAAGGGCAAAUCUUUCGCAGCAGGGCAAACAAAAAACUUCUGAAGUCUGACUCAUCUGUUAUCCAGACACAUGGCCUAGACUAUCGGGUUAUUCGAAAGAUCCUGUGUGUAAGUUCGAAAGUAUUCCUUGUUUGCGACGACAUCGUGAUCAACGAAAGCCAACUCCUUCCGCACCACAUUAAGGAAUGCUUUAUAUCUAGGGUGGGUGCGGUACGUGUUGUUGAGCCAUCGGAUCUCAAGGCAUCUUGCCUUUUCUUCCAGUUUCGGAACCAAGGUGCAAGCGUGUCGUAUGUUUGCGACCUGGCGAACAGCAUUGAACGGGAUUGAAGCAAGCUUGCUUCACCUCUGUAUAGUUGCAGACUGAUUUUUCGGACUCGAAAGGAUUCCCCUAAAAAUGUCAGAAUAACCAAGCAGUUUGAAAAAUUUAUGUCAGCCUACAUUUGAAGAUUCCAUGUAACCGCCAUUCGGUAUCGAUGGCAACAAGCAAAAAGUUUGACGGCGUCCGCGAUUUCUGUCAAUGUUAUAUAUUAGCUGCAUGGGGUGAGUGACGUCGUGUAAAAACAUCUGUGAUUGGGCACGUUCCCAAUUUCUACGUCCGAAAUGUAUAUUUACCUAAUUUACUUUCUGUAUAGUGAUGCCUAUGUGGGUACCAUUUUGAUUUACAGUAUCUGAUAUUUUUGUAUGAGACUCUUGGAUCUUAUCACGCUGUUACUGCUCCGCCAUAUCCAGCCUUGUAAUUAAAGCUGUGGUGGCUAACAGUAUGCAUGGUGUAUGUAAAUAUUGCAAAGAAUGUUUAUUUGA